AAACUUCAAACCAGAGCGUCCCACUCAAUCUCAACUCACCCCUCUCUAACCGGCGCGGCCUUAGCUUUCCUCUUUCAGGUUUGCGGCUCAGCUACUCCUCACGCGGUCAAACGCCACGGUACCCCCCCCCCCCCGCGGCCACGCCGCCGUCGUCGUCACUGAGAGAUUGUUCACCAUGCCUACUGUCAGCGUAGGAAGGGAUCGUCUGUUCGCAGCCCUAGGGAGGACUUACACUCAGGAAGAGUUCGAAGAUUUAUGCUUCAGUUUCGGGAUCGAGCUUGACGACGUUACAACUGAAAAAGCAAUUAUUCGAAAGGAAAAACAUUUGGACGAUGAAGAAGGCGACGAUGAAGAAGAAAUCAUAUACAAAAUUGAGGUUCCUGCAAAUAGAUAUGAUUUGCUUUGUCUUGAAGGGCUUGUUCAGUCACUUCGCAUUUUUGAAAAGAAAGAGAAGAUACCUGAGUAUAGACUUGCUAAGAGUAGUUCAGAUUCAAUAAUUAAAAUGCAUGUAAAGCCAGAGACGUCAUUGAUUCGACCCUAUGUCGUUUGUGCUGUUUUAAGAGGCGUAACUUUUGAUGAAGCAAGAUAUAAUAGUUUUAUUGACCUCCAAGAUAAGCUUCACCAAAAUAUCUGCAGGCGGAGAACCCUAGUUGCAAUAGGAACUCAUGACAUGGACACGUUGCAAGCCCCAUUCACAUAUGAGGCCUUGCCACCUUCAAGCAUAAAUUUUGUGCCACUGAAGCAGGUGAAAAGAUUCAGAGCUGAUGAACUGAUGGAGUCUUACAAAUCAGAUUUGAAAUUGAAGAAGUUCUUGCACAUAAUUGAGGACUCACCAGUGUACCCUGUUAUAUACGACUGCAAUAGAACUGUUUUGUCUUUACCUCCAAUUAUCAAUGGUGCUCACUCAGCAAUCACUCUAAAAACAAGGAAUGUCUUCAUUGAAUGUACUGCAACAGAUUUGACAAAGGCCAAGAUUGUUUUGAACACUGUUGUUACUGCUUUUUCAGCUUAUUGUGAAAAAAAGUUUGAGAUUGAACCUGUUGAAGUGACCUAUUCUGAUGGGAAGUCGUUUAUAUAUCCUGAUUUAUCCAUCUACAAUAUGGAGGUUCCUUUGUCAUAUAUUAACGGUGCAAUUGGAGUCUCAUUGGAGGCAGAAGAGGUCACUAGCUUGUUAAAUCAGAUGCAAUUGUAUGCUGAGCAUUCUGUUUCAGACAAUAACCAGUGCAGCAUCAAAGUAUCUGUGCCUCCAACCAGAAGUGACGUGCUUCACCCAUGUGAUGUGAUGGAGGAUGUUGCAAUUGCUUAUGGAUAUAACAAUAUUUCAAAGAGAAAGCUUGCAUCUUUGCAGCCGCUUCCUUUGAAUGAGCUCAGUGAUCUUAUCCGACGGGAGAUUGCAAUGAACGGCUUUACAGAGGUCUUGACCUUUAUACUGUGCUCCUGGAAAGAAAAUUUUACCAUGCUAAAUCGUGAAGAUGACAAAUCAACAGCAGUGGUUAUUGGAAAUCCUCGUUCUGCUGAUUUUGAGCUUGUUCGAACUAGUCUGAUGCCUGGCAUAUUGAAAACAGUUGGACACAACAAAGAUCAUCCAAAACCAAUAAAGAUUUUUGAAGUGGGUGAUGUAGCAGUAUUGGAUAAAACAAAAGAUGUUGGUGCAUCAAAUUGUCGCCGACUAGCAGCACUGUAUUGUGGAGCAACCUCUGGAUUUGAGUUAAUUCAUGGCCUUGUGGAUAGAAUUAUGGAAGUGAUUGGGGCUCCUUUUGUUCCGCUUGAUGACAAUACAGGGUACUCUAUAAAACCAUCCAACGAACCCGAGUAUCUUCCUGGAAGACAAGCAAGCAUCAUCUACAAAGGGAAUCGCAUUGGCACAUUUGGCAUUGUGCACCCUGAGGUAUUAAACAACUUCGACAUCCCCGAUCCAUGCUCUUUCGUAGAACUUACUAUUGAAAGCUUUUAGUUGAUAUUUCACGGCAACAUAUAUUUGCAGGGAUAUUUUGGUCGUGGAGUCGAUUUUAAAACCUAUGCUGGUGGUAGUAGAAUCAAUUUCAAAUCCUAUAUCCGGUGUAGUCAAUUCUAAAUUCUACUGUUUUGAGACCCCGAUUUAUUCAAGGUUUUAAAUAAUUCUGUUGAUCUAGGUUUGAUGUAUUUAUACGAGUGUUUUGUCCCAUAAACAGAAAGAAAAAGCCAAGUCUUCCAACAAAACAAUCAACAUUAAUAUGUUAAAAAACAGCUUUAAUUUAUACCUUUUCUUUUUUACAUUA